CUUCGCAGCAAACGGCAUCGGCAUACAUCGAACUGACUAUGUUUUUCAACCACUUCGUCUUCACACACUCCUCCAGGCUUUGGGAGAUUUCGGGCUUGAUUCCUGAAGAGGUCAGCAGCUCCAGCCACGUUUUCUUUCCGAUUCUGAAACAUUAAAUCAUUUUAAGACAAUUACUGAGGAACAUCUGAAUGUCAAAUCUGCAGCAAGAAGUCCACUGCUGGGGACGAGUCCGUGGCGGUAAAUAAACCGACCCAAUAGAUUAGGCGCCCUCAACGUCAAGUGGACCAAGAUGGCUACUCCGUCGAAGGGUUGUCAGAAGUUCAGCUACUGCGAGCUUUGCCGUCAUAGCCAUGACAGAGGAAAGAGGCAUGCGUUUUCCAGAGGACACAGAGAUAAAGUGAAGACAAUUCUUGAGAAAUUCGGGGCCAAGGUGAAAUCAGCCAGACAAGACAUGAAAGAGCCUCCCAUCCUCACCGGCCACUUCCAGCCCGACUCCAAGUACUGGUGCUACAUGUGUGCCUGUGAGGUGGACAAGCAUGUGACUGACGGGGAAGUCACUGUCAGACAUGCUGGCUUCAUUGAACAUCUCAUGAGUGCCGAGCAUGCUCAGAGGCUGGACCGGUUCUGGCGGAUCAAUCGCAUCCAGACGGACCUUCAGACCAAGUUCGUCUUCCCGAACGAUGCCCGGGAUAGGUACAAGAAAGCCGUAGAGGAAGCCUUGAGGAAGUAUGAGGAGAAUGAAGAACAUCUCUUGUCACAGAGUGCAGCCAAGAUCCGCAGGUUGGAAAGGAGCCGCUCGCUGCUGCUGCAGUCUGACGACAGCCUGACAACUGCAACUGAAACCACCGAGAUUCUUGCAGCUCUAUCACAGCAACCUGAGCCGAAUGCUGGACUUGAUUCCGAGGUUAUGCCUUCCAACCCCUCCGGAAUCAGAAGAACUUCGGAGGCAGGUAGCGGCGCUGGAAAUCGGUUGAUUGCGCAAGACGUACCCGGAUGCUCACACUGGUCCAAUGGCACAGCAGGUGAGACCCAGGGGGAAGGUGCAAUGCUCUACUUGAACCAGCAAGAUCCGGCUGGUAACAGUUUCAGCCAGUGCCAGCAGGCUGUGAACCAGUCACCGGCAGCUGGGAAGCCCCCUCACAAGCCCGGUGUCCUGAGCAGAGUCAGGACCAUUGGCGUCAUAUCAUCCGGGGGUUUGACUGCAGUUCAUGUCAAGGAUCGUGGAGUCAAAGGGAACGUUCACACAGGGGCACAGCCGCCAUGGUUACAGGGCGACAACGAUGAUGAUGAUAAUGUUGAUGCUGAGGAGGAGGCCCAGAAGAUGAUGGGACCGUCUGAGUUGGAAUUCAGGAAACACGUUGAGCGGGAAAGAAAGUCCAAGCUGAACCCGGGCCGGGUUGGAGCCAACUUUGACCACGCCUCACCGACCAACGAGGCGUGGCUGCCGUCGUUCGGCCGGGUCUGGAAUGCCGGGCGCCGCUGGCAAUCAAGGCGCCAGUACAGAAAAGAAGCGGGCCAGUUCAAGCCUUGUGAGGAAAAGAACGUUGGAUGCUCCGCUAAAGAUUCCAAACUUCCCUAACUUGUAAAAUGGGGGACAUUCACAGUGGGUGACCCACUGUUGAAGAAAAAUGAGUUGCCUUUCGCCUCUUUGUACUUUAUUGUUGUAUCCAUGCUCAAGAAAUUCACACGAUAGAGGGAUACUCACAACAACCGAAGGAAACGUUGCAAAAUGUGCCAAUACUUGCAAGAAGAAGAUUAAAAGUGACAGUAAACACAUGGGGUAACUUUGGGCCAUUUUAUACAUGUAGAGUAACAUUUCUUUCUCAAACACAGUUUCAAUUUCCUUCUCCCAUAAAAGAGCAUUGUGAUACUCAUCCAAAGGUUGAUGCCACACAUACAUGUAUGCACUGUGUAUAUAGAACUGCCUUAUACUGACACUCCAGAUGAAUCCCAAGCUGCUCUCAUCUGUUACUUUCUUCAAGCGCCAUUUUAUAGUGUAUGUACAGAAAUGUAUUGUUCGCACAAUGCAGCCGCACGGGUACUCUAUACGUUGUGUAGUCGGCCUCACACACUGCGCAAUUGUUGUCAUCAUGGGACGGUGUACGUGUACCAGCACUUGAACUUUGACCUGGGUGGUUAGGAUCUUAAUUCUGUUUAUCAGCAGACGGACAGUCCUCUAAUCUCGAUGGGGCCGUGCACCAAGUAGUUUCUUCUUUUCACGCUUCUGUUUUGGGGCAUCCUUUUAGAAAUUCAAUUAACGGCUCAUCCAGCACACUUCCAAUUUCCUCAGCAUCAGCCACAUCUCCACUGACAUCAGGAAGAUUCUACAGGAUUUCCUCAAGACUGAAUGGGCUCAGUCCUGCGUCUCGGAAGGCCGACUUCAAAUUCUUGGACACAUUUGGAUGCAUUCACCUCCAAAGUUGAGACGACCAGGAGGGGAAGCUGCUCUUUUGGAACGGCAGCCUGACGCCGUGUUGAUCUUCUCCAAGUGUCUAGGAUGUCACGCCAGAUCAUCUUUAUGGGUCGGAAGAUGGCAGCAUACACAUUUUAAGGCUGGGUCAUGUGCUUGGAAUUCGGGGGUAGGCGGUGAAGUAGACAUCAUUAGCUACAGCUACUGCAACAACAUCUGGAGAAAAAUGUGACGUCAAGUUGUGAUCAACCAGAACCUUCUGUCCCGGUGACCUAAUGGCAUGAGUAAGAAAACCUCCCAAAAAACCCUCCGAUGGAAUGUAUCCAUGUACUUGUCUAUGUCGACCAGCUGUUCUUCCUUGCAUCAUACAUGUACUUUUUCAUUGGUACCACUGGGGGCAUUCUCUGUCCAUCCCUCGUACCAGUUCUUGACCUUGUACACCACAAAAUAAUGGGGCAAAAGCUCUCCUGUGGUUCCCACAAACCAUGAUGAAGCUAGCCAUCUUGGAGUGUUCUAAGGCUUGUACUCUCUCUACCCGCGGCAUCCCUCUCGAUGCAAGAUCUUUCUUUGCGCCAGGAUCAACGGUUACUUUUGUCUCGUCGUAAUUGUAGACAUUACUGGGCUCAAUGACGGUCAGCACAUCCUGUAGAUUCUUGGAAUAGUUCUCUACUUUUUCCUUGCCGACUCUUGCUUUGGAGCUCUUGAUGUUGCCAGGUGUCCGGAAACUCAAGUUCUUCUCUACAAGUAAAUGCAUAAACUUUCGUUGAAUGUUCUUUAAUCAUCGCUCCUGUCUUCCCCUUUCUUCAAGGUAAAGACUUGAUUUUGACAUCGUGUUGUGUCAGGGCAUGACCCUAUUUCGAAACUUCUACUAAGAUCGUGACCAGAACACAUUUCCUCGACAGAAGGAACGAUUGGCUGUUCAACUUUCCUGGUGUAUUUCUGUUUUAUUCUUUUUUGCAGUGUUUUCUUUAGGGGUGCCAUUGUACGUUUCCAGUCCAUAAUUGCUCUCGGAGGUUUCCUCCGGGCACUUCGGUUUCCUCUUGCGUCUAAAACUGGAUCUUCUUCCUAACUCCGUUAUGUGAUGCUGAAGUGUAUGAAUAAACGUACAGUUAUUGGCGCAAAUAGCCCGAGUUGCUGAAAGCACCAUUAAAACUAAAACAACAACAACCUUUGUAAGUACGUGAAGGCUAAAAGGAAUUUGACACAAAACCUAGAGUGGGGAACUUGAAGUAACCCAACUUGUUACAAUACUGAAGAAUGCUGGCAUUGAAUCAUGCAUGCCGCUACGAUUGGCUUGGUAAUAUACAUGCACAUGUAGCCUUUACACCAACACCACAGGCAUGCCAGGCAUGAAUUUUCAAUUUGUAUUCUACCACUCUCCAAGCUUCUGUGUUAAUAGGAAAUUAUCAAACCACCAAUCCUGCAUUUCGUACAUAAACUAUCAGGCCUAAAGCUGCACAAUUAGUUGAAAAGCUAUACACUUUAAGAUUGUCUACUUCCGGGUUUACUUUCUUUGAAACGAUCGCGACACAGAGUAUCUUCACUCAUUUACAAUUCUGGUUCGUGUAGAAAGCAUGCAUGGAGGUAGGAAAAGAUUCAUGCAAUACUACAUUGUACAGUGUACUUAAGCCACCACGACACACUUAGUUAUAAUUGUCAUUUAUUUCUUACAUUUACAGUUGCCAAACCUCGAAAUAAGGCCCACAUACUAUUCUGAAUCAUGUACAUGUACACAAUCAUGCCACUAUACCAGAACAAUAUUGAUAUUUUAGAACAGAUGGCAUGCGAUCAUUUUUGGAGCGCUUGAUUUCAUGAACUCGAUAGAAGAGACGCUACAAACAAGUGAUCUGCGACAUUUGACCCCUGUUGACCCUCUCUGGCCUUUCAGGCAUGUUCUAAAGCAGUCAGUUUUUGUUUAUUCUCAAGAUUUUCAUUAAAAACUCUUUUUGUCACCCAAACGCUUGGUUUUGGGGACUGUUUUUUUUUAGGGAUGCUUAACAUCAUAAAUGAAUUGUAAAAUGAUGCAUAACCCUGAUUAUUUUGUGAAAAUAAAAUGAUACCCAAAACGCCCCAAUCCGCUGCACAUUGAACAAAAUAAAGGGCCAAUUGUUUCACGCAGAUCUGGAUCGUGAUCAGUGAUUUGUCGUUGGUUCACUGACAUCAGAACCCGCCUCAUGCAUGGAUAGCGUGAACCAGCUCUGGGAUCACUGAUCGAGAUCUGGAUCCCUGUGGAACAAACAAGCCCCUCGGCGUUUGAAACCCUCCAGUAGUUACUGACUUCAGUUACCCUGCUGACCAGGUUUGCUCCAUGUUGCACGCAUACAACCAUGCGUCCAUUGCGUUGGCCCAUUCGAGUGAAGUUGUAAACGAAACCACUUGUAGUUUGCUGUGCACGUGUGAGAUGUUUCGAUCGUGUGUGCUCUGACAAUUGUCCAUUGCGUGGGCCCAUUCGAGUAAGGAGUUGUAAACGAAACCACUGUACUUUCCUGUGCGCAUGUUGAGACGUUUCGGUUGUGUGUGUUCUGACAUUGUGGUUUGUCUUCGGGUUGUUUCUCGGGCGAGAACUGGCUGAAUAUUAUGUUAUUGAAUUGCAGUGUGGAAGAUGGCUCAUCUUGUCGCUGUCAUUGCCCGUCUGUGCCUGAAUAAUAAUUCAGGCAAACGAUUCAAAUUAAAUCUAACGUAAACAUGUAGAACCCGCAAAACAGACUUAAAAACAAGCAAUGGUUUAUAUGUAUCUAAAUAAAAAACAAAAUAUGUUUCAUAUACGUAUGUGAAUUGCAUGUAUUAACUGCGACAGCGUAAUGGUGUGACACUGACAAAAUGAUAUAAUUAAACCAGACUAUGCAAUUAAUGCCUCUGUGAACAUGUAAACAUCGACAAAAUAGGCCUCAGUGCAUUCUGCAGUUUGGAUUCCUUGCAUGUAAAGUCAUUUAGUUCAGUAACACGACCAAAUGGUCCGGUGCAAGUUUCAUGUACCAAGCACUGCAUUUAGUACAUAGCUACCGAUCUCACUAUCACUCUCGUCAUUUCCAUAAACCCUCCACAGCGACCUGGGCUAUUGCGAUCACGUGUUGUCUACGGUUUGCCCUAAUCCAAGUACUUGCUUGUCACACUUUGCUUUCUUGUUCUGCAGUGCCUCAAUUUUCUUCUGUUUCUUUUCCUUCAGUCCUUGUUCUUUCUCAUCAUUCUCUUUUUCACGCCGUUUUCUCUUUUUGUGCCGCUCCACUUUUGCAGCUGCCUCUCUCUCCUGUUGUUCGUCAACUUCUUGAAAGUAUAUCUCGUCUGAAGUCAAGCAUCGUGGUGCUGUCACUCCGCAGAUAUGUUUGUGAUCUCUUAUGAUCUUUGAGAUGACUGGUUUCUUUAGACCAUCUUAAGAUCAUCUCUGGCUGGAGUUGCAGUUGGAGGAAGGAGUGCAGAUGACAGAUUAGGAUUCGGUUCUAAGUCCAUGGGCUUGGUUUGUGAUCCUACAAGUGUGGGCUCUCCUGGAAGGUCUGUUGCAUUCUGCAUACAUGCAGUAUAGCAUUUGGUGUUUCUGCUGGUUUGUCCGACGAAGCUGACAUUUUGAUCUGAAGAUGGUGGCUGCUGAUUAACCUCCCGCUUCGACAUUGGAGACCACAGGCAAAGUGACACCAGGCUCAACCUGGACAGGCUUCUUAGCUUCAUAUAUUUCAACUCUGUCUGCACUACUUAGAAGGACAAGUGCUCGACUGUGAUGGCCUCAGGGGCGAAUGGAUAAAUCCUUGUGGAUCAGAACUCACUGGUGACGUUUGCCGUUGUGAAGACUUUAUAGUAGACAUACUUGAAGAGAGGUGAAAUCAUAUCGUGUGAUGAUCCAAGUUGGGUGGUCAUGCAUAAAUUUCUCACAAUCUUGGUUGUAGGCACACUUCAAUGACUUGAACACUGACCUGUCGAGUGGCUGGAUAUGUUUCGUUAUAUGAGGUGGUAGACAGUACAUAUGACUCGAGCUUUUACGGGCAAACGUGUGUGUUGAGAUAAAGAAUUAGAAGAACUGGGCGUGUCGGUGGAAUAGAUGGCACAAGGAGCUUCCUGAACCACAUCUCAAAUGGCUUUCACUCACCUGAUUGUGCGUUUGCAGUUAGGCCUGAAUUCGAGCGCUUGAUAAAGGGAAGGAUGCUGCCUUGCGCUUGGGGGCAGAAGAGCAACAAUUCCCCCUCUUUUUCCAUUCGCUCGUGCCUGCACUGUGUUUCCCCUUUUGUUGCAAUAAUGCUGGAUAGAGUGUGAACCAGACUCGAACUUGUUUUUUCAACGUUGUAUAGUUGCGCUGAGGUAGACUUCAUACUAAAUCUGUCCAGGAGUCUACCACAGCUCUUUUGGCUUGCUAAAAAUGAUCUGUGAUAGUUGUAGGAUUAAGUAUGGACGUUCGUGCAGCGGAUAGACCCUAAGGCUUCCUCAGAGACAGGUCAGGGUGGCAGCGCACAAAACCUGGCUACCAGUCGUACGCUACAUUCUGUUUGGCCUGACUGAAGCAGUGCUUCAGUCCAGCAUGCUGUAUGCCAUCUCACAUGCCAGCUUGCAGAUAGCUUCCACACACCUGCAAAGUCUUAAUUGGCUGGCCACAUCUUGGACGCAGCUAACAAAUUGAUUUCAUCAUCGACACUAAAAACUGGAGGUGGUGUUGCAAGCAAGGUACUUGGAAUUCCAUGUUUCAGCCUCCAUGCCGGGACGGAUUUUGGAAUGAAAGAUUGCUUGGCUGCCUCUCAGACUCCAAGUUUCCGUUUGCUUACAGCUUUACUUGUAGAAGCCAUUGACUCAGAUUUCCACUUCCACCUUCCCUGCUUUGGAGUCCAAAUGAAACAAAGCCCAAACAAUUAAUGCAGGAAAAAAAUUGAAAUGCUCCCAUGACAUAAACCGAAAGCUGUCUGUGAUCAGGGUGAAGUAUUCCUCCAAGUGAACUAUCCACCUCAAAUAUCCAGGAAAAUUCAUCUUUUUCGUCCAAAACAGUACUCAAUCCUAAGCCUUUUUCGUUUUUAAAACAAAAGAUUUAUAUUAAUUUUGCGUUUGGAUCGAUAGUACGAAUAACGGGCUUAGAAUUUUUUUAGAAAGUCGUUUUCUGUCGUACGGUCAAAUAUUCACAAAUGUAUCAACCUUACCAGUACGGAAGGAGGAACGACGUGCGUUAUAUACAUAUUAGGUUUAAAAAGUGUACAGUGGGCCUACGUAUUUUAUGUGUCCUGGCUUACUAUGCAUAUGACGCACUUCCUUCUACGUGGCCUCCUUUUCCGUCUACCUUAUUACUGACCACGUUGAUCUAUAUAUAUGUUUGUUUGCACUCAGAAGGUCUUUACUCAAAUAAAGGUGGAAAAAUACAAGGAAAUACGCAGCUUUGUUCCCCUAAAUUUGAAACUUACCCCAAUGGUCUAGCUCCUUGACGUUGAGGGAGAUGCGAUGUGGAGGAAUGCUGCACCAUACCACUGAGGACUUUGACGCGGUCGAGGCAUCAUGUGGUGUCAGUGAGGAGCCUUGUCAUAAAUUCCAUGCGCAUUGGCGAAUCCGGGCGAGAAACGGGGUUCAGUGUUGUUGGGGGGUAGUUUAAAGUGUAACGAGAGAAGGGCGAUUUUGGCGAGACUAUAUCGUUUGCUUUCAAUCCCCCUAAAAGUGUAAAACCUGAAUGUAGUCUCGCCCCUCAGGCCAUUGCAUUUCACAUAAGGAAUCUUUUACUAUUUCCCACGAAAGCAUUUAAGAUCCACCCUCGUUCGUGUGAAGGAAGCAUACUGAUCAGGGUGCUAACACCUUGAAUGUCCUGCGCUGGCACCCCUAUUAUAAACGUGAUUUUAAAUUAUAUAAUUUAUGAUGAGCUUCUUGCAUUCAAGAAAGCACAUUUCAAGAUGAAUACGUAUUUUGUUCUUGACCUACAUGUAUAUGUAACUGUAACGCUGGUGGGUUUUUCCACUGAAAGAGAUGUACAGAUUAAAGUUCGUUAACUUCGUUAACCGGUGAAGAGUGACGUAAGGCCUUUAAAUAUCUACGGCGUGCAGGCCUUUUAUAAGGACCAUAGGUGUGAGAAGAAGACUCACUUUCGUUCGUCGCUGAGGUUGCAUCCGACCAGUUUCGUAAGGGCUCUACAAAAGGGAUCCCUCCAGCGCCAUGGGACUUUCACCAAUUUGGCUUCUCGCCAUCCUUUCACUGGGCUGUGAUCAUGCCGUUGCCUUGAAAUGUUACGACUGUGUGGAUUUUUACACCCGAGAAAAAGAAAGCAACCCUGACUGCAGAUCGAACACCGACCGCCUAACUCCUGUUGAAUGUCAGCGCCCAGAAAACGUUAGCGAGACGCGGGUGCUCCGUUGCUUCAAACUGGACGGCACUGUCACAGCAUCAGACAAAGAGAAGACCACAGAGGUGAACGAUGUGCUUCGUGGCUGUGAUUGGGUGCCGUCUGAAACGCCCGAAAACCAAUGCUUCACGACCGGCGUCGAUGGUGUGCCUCUGGAUGAAGAUUCCUUCACCGUAGGAUCGGUCACGGAAACCUUCGACACCUACACGCUUUGCGUCUGUAACCAUGACAGCUGUAACGGGGUUGACUUGGUGCGGCCGCCCGUGUGCCUGCUUCCGUUCGUUGUGGCUUCUGCAGCCGUGCUGACUAUCGUAGACUCAGUCUAACGUAAAAAAA